AUGUCAACAUUGACGUCUGUAAGCCGGGCGUCGGGCGUAGGGGCAUCCAAUUGUGGGUGUGUUCUUGCUUGUCAAACGAGGCUGUCUGUUGCUAGCGCGAGGGGAAGGCAUGUCAGCCCGUCCAACUCGACUAUUUCACUUUCAGCCCACACCCCAAAUUGGAUGUGCUUUAAUUCGGAAUUUGUCUCUAAAGCCUUAAUCAUUUCCUCGCAAAAGUGCAUACCACAAUCGUUUGGGUCCUACUCCGACCGAGGCGGGUCCUCGGCCUCGAGACCAGCCCAACCUGCAGCCUCGAGACGUCGGUGCCUCAGAUCAACUGACCUCCACUCCCUCUGCGCUGACGUCAGCAGCGCCGGUCGCCCAACCGACGGUCGACAGGAGGCCGAAACCGAGACCCGACAACUUGGUCAGGCUGCUCUCGGUCUACGGCUUUCUGCUGAGUCUGGCCAGCCUCUUCUGCUUCUCCCUCUUCACCAUCUUCUCGCCGGUUCUCUUCGUCGCGCACACCAACAACGUCAACCCGUCAACGCCUCUGCAACGUUUCGGUCUCGUCAAUCGGACGAGGCCAGACCCGGUCACGGCACCGGUUGCCUCGUUGGCGUCAUUUCUGCCCGACAGAGACUGCCAGACGCUAGGACGUACAAGCCGCCAACUCGACGUCCGUCUCGAGGUCACUGUCUACAUGCCAGUCACUUCGUCGAUCGGUACGUAACCGGGUGCUCCUGUUGCUACGCCAUUGGCCGCCGUCCUGCCUCGGUGACCUCGGCGGUUGGUAGGACCGACCAGCUCAGACGUCUGGGGAGC